CUCAGCGCUCGAGUCCGCGAGGCGCCAGCAGCAGUCCUUCAGCGCGCAGCGAGAGCAAGCGCAGCUCACCACGAUCCGCCAGGUCACAGAAUAAGACAGCAACCGUCACGCCGCGAACCGCUGGUGGCGGCUCUUCGGUCACUGGGUAUAGUACUGCAGGUGGAGCCCGUUGGAUCGUGCAUCCGGACGCCUACGGGGACGAAGAGAAGGACCAUGACGGGCCACUGACUGAAGAAUAUCUGUUGCAGAUGCUCCGCAUGCAGGGUGUCAACGUUCUUUUAGCACCAGAGGAGACUGAGGACUUCACGAAUCCAGAUCCCGACAACCGAAAUCCUAUUCCGCCGCGGGAUCAAGAGCUGUAUCCUGUCACAGCUGGACGGUCUCUCAGUCCUCUGAGCUCAGCCAUGCUGCAACGGUUGCUCACGACUCCUAUGAGCGUACUUCUGCCCUUUCCUGUGAAUUUGAACAGUCUCUCCUUGAGAGGUACGAAGCUAUUCGCCGUUCCGCACGAGAGCUUCUUCGAAUCCAUAGAGCGGUUACCUCUACUGCGCGAUCUAGACCUAGCUGAUACGAAACUAGGCUAUCUUAAGCACGCACACGAUGGUGCUGGUUUGACUAAGGUGAUCCGAGAAUCUCUGAUGAAACUGGAGAAACUAGACUUGAGUCACAACCUGCUUCAAACAGACCUGCACGAGUUUGGCGAUGCUUUGCGCAGAAACGAGUUCGAGUCGUUGAUAGAACUUCGCGUCUCGCACAUCCCCUGCAUCGACAUCGACAGCUUGGGGAUUCCUUACGUGCUUGAGUGUCUCCGUGAGAACACGAAGCUGCGCAUGCUGGACGUCUCCCACUGCGAAUGUACUCCGAAGACGAUGUUCAUAUUGGAACAGACGCUGUUGAGCAAAAAGACUAACAUCUCAGAGGUCGACGCAUGCGGUAACCCGAUAGGGGUGGCAGGCAUCGAAGCUAUGAACCGCGCCUUGUGCUUCGCCGAAAUGGGCGAUGAGAAGCUGGAAGUGUCCACCGAACUUUCAGUGGACUACACCGAUGUGCGGUUACCAGCCUUCUCAAAAGCCGAAUCGCUUGAAGAUCGUAACAUGUUCAAGCAGCCCUUUGACGUGUUAACCAAUGCUGGAUUCACUUGCAUAUCCGAGUCCCCCAGCUACAACAAUUUGGAUCCGAGUCGCUCCACCUACACAUUGCACCUAACCCGCUCCAGUUACGACCGAUGUCUCUUACGUGCUUUGCUGUAUCGAGAUUGCAGCGCGUACAAGAUGGGCAAGAUCAAGUUUCUUCCUGGCGGCAAUUGUAAGGACUUCAACAACGUCUUCAGCAAUUUUUCCAGCUUGCCACCAGCCAAAGCACGGAGACUCAAGGGAUCUGCGGUGUGCAUGCGACCGUUAUAUCUGGACAACACUCUAGAACUUCACGAGGAGUUCUUUGAGGACGUCGUUCAGCCUCCAAUGCCUGACCCAAAAGUGGUCUUGGAAUCACCGUCACGGUCAGGCAGCAAGAGUCCAAGUUCAUCGCCAAGAUCGCCGAAUGACAAGAAGAAGAUUACGGCUAUAAUUUAUCACUAUCCUCGUCACGUGUAUGCUCGUGAGUGGAGUCUCACGUGUGGAGUAUGCUCCCGAGUGUGAAUGGUUCCGGUGUUUGGUAACCUGAAUUUGAUCACAAGGGUUCUCUUCUUGUAGUUUUCCCUUAUGAUCAAAUCCAGGCUACCAAAUACCAGAAGCGUACAGAGUGGAGCCCCCCUUGGUUUCAAGUGGAAACUGAGGGGGACACGACAGGGCAUCUCCCUCAAAUACCAGGGAUAGUGGAAAAGACUAGCGCUAAGAAGAGGAAACGCGGGAAGAAAGCAAAGUUCGUCAUUUGCAAAUUUUCCUACAGCGAAACCGAACAUAUGAUCGACGUUAUCAACCCGCAGACGAAGAAACCUAGACAAAACCAUGAAGUUCUCAAAUAUUUCUUGGAGAAGAACAAGACCUAUGCUCCUUUGUCAAAGUUCAUCAGCAUCGCACAGAUCCUGAAGAAGUUCGUCAAAGCGAGACCAGUAGCCAGACAAAUGUUUCUCGCUAGUUUGAGCAAGGAGUUUAUCUUCAGCAUUUCUCAACUUCGUUACAUUAUUGGGGCCUGUCCUGCGUGGGAACGGGCGCAAGUGGUUUCCGACAUCGCGGGUGCUGUAAAGAUUGACGACACCUUGAGCUCUGCGAUGCAGGCGUUUGCGCAUGCGAAACUGUACAACUUCAUCAAAGUCGAAAAGCAGCGACUUCAAUUGAAGUCAACGUUUGUGAACUUUCUGCGGUUCAACUCCUUCAAUCCUAGUGGGAGAUAUAUUCUGAACUUCGGGAAGAACGGAGAUGUGCAAGUGUUUCAGCGUCUCGUCAUCAUCGCAGCGUGGCAAAAAAAGAUUUUGUUGUCGCAUAACUGUCCGGACUUCGCACAGCAUGGAGACUUGCAGUUGAUGCGCAACGUGUUUCUCGAUGGUCGAGAGCAUGUAGUGACUGGCAGCGGCAGCAUUCUGGUGAAUAAGAAGAGCAAGGUGCAACUUUCAGUCGGUGCAUUGAUCGCGAGUGCGGGUGGUGGAGACGGGGAUGGUGACGGACUGUCGGUCGAAUUGGACUACUAUAGUCCCAUACAUCCACACCCAAAAGAACGCACGAAAGUCCACGCAGCAGCGAUGGAUAGUAUCUGCUACAUGCUAGAAUCGGAGAAGUACUUGCCAAAUGGUGUUGGAGAUUUCUCGGAGAUAUUGGGCCCCGACGAUACCUUUUACCGUGAUUUGUCAAAAGAAGCCGAUGGUGAAGAGGAGAACGAGGGGGAGGAAGAGCAAGAUGCUCUUAUUUCACCCAUUGAGUCGAAGUCGCGCAGUAUCGCAGGGUCACCCAACAGCACCAUCAAGGGUAUCAACGCCAGUGGCCAGCAAAAAUCAUCUUCAACAAAUGCCAGCACGAAAGUUGGAGGCGCCGGGGCAAGAACGACAACAAAUGAGUCUGGUGGUAGUAGUCCGGCUAAGCAAGUAGCGCUGAAGCAUGCAAAUACAACGCCAGCAAUCGUCGAGCAGGACAAACAGCAGGGCAGAUCGAAUUCCAAGACUGCAUUCGCGAAGCAACGAGCAAAAACAGCAGCCGUAGACACGAUUCCCGAGAAGAAAACACAUGGCGUUCCAAUUCCAGUCGCCUCGCGGGCACUUGCUUUGACAGCCGUUAGCGAUAAACUGGUCCUUUCAUACGAGGACUUCGUGCGGAUACUACUAGUUUUCAAACCAGAAAAGCCGAAAGAUUUGUCGCAUUACUUUGGAGAGAACUUGAAUGUAGAAGAUCUGAUCACGAGGCUAACUGGCGGGUUCACGACAGCGGAAGAUGGUAUAGGCCGAAUCCUCGAAGACCGCGUGGCUGCGCACGGCUUGACGCAGUGGCAUUCGAGAUGCGACGUUUUUGUACGCCUCUUUUCUCGAUGUACUUAUGGCCCGAUCGUCUUAUAUGAACAAGAUGAAUCUGAAUCCACGUUUGUGAAGAUCAUGAAUCUGAAUGCGUGUAGGUGUACUUCAUCAUGCAAGCGUGGUCAUUCCAUGAUUUCGUAUUAGUCAUAGCGGCUACGCCUCAAGCAAAGUACACCUGGUUCGAGAUACUAGUCCGACACAUCUUACUCGGAAUGGAGUCAGCAACACCAUCUAGUUCUUCCAAAAGUGCUUAGAAGUGUGUAUCAACGUCCUCUAACCUCCAGAACUAGAGCGUGUCUGCUCUGUGGAGUGUCUCUACAGCACUCUGCUUUUCGACGUCUUCGCGAUGUACCAGAUCUCUUUUCGGUUGGGACGUUUAAUAUGUCACGAUUGGGUCAAUCUAGAUAAUAGAUACGCCAAAUCCAAGAUCGAAAAUCCCGCAGAAGCAGAGAAGCAUGCGAAAGCAACACAGCCCAUACCGUUCACGCAGGAUAAUUAUCUUUAUGUCUUCUUCCUGUUGCAGGGAUGUGCACUCAUUUAUCGUAGAGAAUAAGUUUCUUGUACUCUCAAACUCAAGGCCUACUUGAUUAUGGAAGAAGUGAGUGAGAAUGAGAUUGUCUACGUGUACUACCUGAUGGAAUGGUAGUGAUAGAAAAUGCGUUUGAUCUAAGGAUAUGAUACAACACCACCAAGGCCAGUGCUUUUCAUCUUGUUUCUACUCCUACACAAUCCUCAUCCUCUCACCUCCUUCUAACCUCCACAAGUCUGCGAACGCCUUGGUUACCUGCGUGACCGUGUCGACAUUUCGAAUUUUCAAUCGACCUUUCACUUGUUCGAUUUGGAAUUGGCUGAAGAUUGGCGGUGUUUUAUGGAAAUGCUCAAGCUUGGCGACAAUGAGACGACAGCCUAUCAAACGGUCAUUUUGCAGGACAUGAAGUGGUCUGGAGGUCACGACCGAGAAGACGCAAUGUACAAUCCACCGAGUUAUGAAGAGCGGGGUGAUCAUGAAUUUCAUGAAACUGAGGUCUUUGAUUGAACUGAUUGAAUUGCAAGUAGACAUACGACGGGGUCGUGGAAUUAUUGCCAACAAGUUAGUACAUAGUCAUCGUUUCACGGUAAGUUACUAGUCUAGACAUGUUCGUGAGAUGAAACAGACAUGACUCAAAUGCAGGAGUACGUAGGUGUAGGUACUACAAAGACUAAACUACUUCUACCCCUCUCUUCUAAUACCAAGGCUGGUACAUGGGUGGUCCGCCGAAGACAGGCUUUGCUUCGCUGAAAUACUUCAUCCCUUGGGGAGUUGUCAGGAAGAUCGAGACCUACAAAAAACGACGAGGUGUCGGAAUGCGCCUUACAAACCGACAGAUGUAUAUGGAGCUGACAGAUGAAAAUCUGCCGGCUCUUGGUGCAGGAAGGUUGGGGUGAGGAGCUAGUUGUUGGCAGGAGGAACCGACUAGCAAAUUGACACUCUACCUCCGACGAGAUUCUGCAUUUCUCUGAAAUUUGAACUCUAACUCUUCGAAUGAGUGUAAGAAAAUUCUGGUAUCCGAUUUUUCACCCAUACUGGUGACCCUGUAACAGAAAAUUCACAUUGGAAAAUCUCCUCAUGCAUGAAUAUAUAACGGAGUAGAAGUUCGGAGAAAUUGUAUAGAACCACUUCCAGCAUCAUCACGUUUAGCUCAGCAUAUCCAUAUGAGAAUGAGCAUGACUCGUUCAUGAUAAUAUCCAAGAUUUUGAGAUCAGUCACAAUCUUCAACGUACUAAAAGUAAAAGUAUUAAAAGUUCUCACAUAUUAGCAAGGCUGAUUUUAUUUUUAUUUUAUUUCAUAGAUAGGUUUUGACUUUGAGCAUAAGCAAAAUAACGUAAAUGAAGUAGAACAAGUUAUAGUAGCACAUCAUAAAAAAAAGCGUAGUUCGUAAGAACUAGAGCACAGCAAGAACUAAGUUCAUACGCAUAGGAAUGAGAAUACUAACAGCACUCUGACUAUAUUGGUCCAAUGAAAUCCAUGGGGUAUCCAUGCCAUACUCUCACGGACCAAGUGAAGAACAUUCCGAUGAUAGCGCCUCUUUUAGUGGUGCAUGAACCAUUUCGAGCUCGCUUCGUCGCACGUUUUAGCCAUCCAGGUUCGAACCGGCGAUCGAGACCUGCCAAC